AUGGGUUGUUGUUACAGCAGCGAAGACAAACCCACAGCGGAGGAAGAAGAGCACCUGAUACCACCAAGUAAUAUUGUUAGCAAAUCUCCUAAUGGGACAGACUGGAGCACCCCAAAUGUCCCCUCAGCGCGCACAGAUGAACAGGCCCUGCUUACGUCCAUCCUCACAAAGACAGCACAGAACAUCAUCGACGUUUCUGCUGCAGAUCAGCAUAUGAUGGAGCCACAUGAAUACAUGGAUAGAGCCCGGCAGUACAGCACAAAACUGGCUGUUUUGGGAAGCAGUUUGUCAUCCAAAAAGGCCCUCACGCUCCCCUCCCUCACCAGUCAACCACAUCAAGUGCUUGCAAGUGACCUGGUGCCAUACUCAGAUGUUCAGCAGGUUUCAAAAAUAGCUGCUUAUGCAUACAGUGCAAUCUCUCAAAUCAAAGUGGAUGCUAAAGAGGAAUUGGUUGUCCAGUUUGCGAUCCCCUGA